CCAGUCGUUGGCAGUUCCUGUCGUCUGCACAUGUAUGAUGUAUACGAAUUGUGGACAAAAUUAUAGGUACUGGAGAUUCAAUACAGAGACGAACAAUUGUUAGAUGGGGUUAGGUAUAUAUUGACAUUAAUAUCAGAAGUAACGCUCGGGAAUUUUGUGUGGCUGUAAGUUAUUUGUUGACACUCUUGACUCAGUUCCUCCGGAUACAUUAUUACCAUCGUAGUCCUACCGUACUGAAUGAAGUACCUACCGCGGUCAUGUUUGAAAAUCCAAAGUGGCCUCUCAAGAUUUCUCCAACCGAAUGCUCGCAAUCAGCUGCACUUCUUCGAAGAUUCAAAAGGAGCCACGACAAUUACAGGCGGAUAUUUCUCCAGUCUCACUGCCAAGCUCUAGCUACCGCGAAUGUCGCUCUUGCCAGUCUCUACCUCCAAGGAGAAGAAUCUUUCCGUAUCUCGAGCAUCUAGAUCGUGGCUCCCAUCCAGGCCAAUCAUGCCUCCGAGAGAAAUUAGCGCUUUCCGGGUACGUAGAACGAGCUGCACCCAACUAUCUUCCUUCUUGCAGCCGCAAACCUAACCUAUAAUAGCGCUAGGAGGUUAUAAGAUGGGAGAAACCUAUAUACAUACAUGCAUGCAGCAUUCAACGUGCAAGGUCUCGAAAUAGGCACGCGACGGCACUUCCGUUUAUAUGAGGAUGGUGGGUUUCGACAAACUGCAACUGGCAACUGGGUUCUUUCGAAUUGGGACGCCAGGAUAAUAACUGUUAUGACAAUAGUUAUUCGCGGAUGAAAAGUAAAAGGUUGGUCAUACUGGAAUACAAGGUACGUAGAGAAUUCCCUUCGGUAUCUUCUUACUGCAGAAAUAACAGCAGAAAUACAUACUCUCUUCAUAUAGAUGCACACGUGCGUGGUAUAUACAUACAUACUGUGAACAGCUAUUGGUAUACCUAUACGUACAGCGGACAUUCCCAGCUCUAGCGAUCCCAUUUACUCUUCCGGUUUGUGCAUUACACUUCCGCCAAAUGGAUGGAGAUACAUUGGAAGGAAUCUCUCUCGUUACCUGCAAGUUCGGUAGGCGUGUCACGACGCAAUGUAAAAUCUGCCUAUAAAUAAUGUAACGCGUUACUUGCAAAAGGCAAUGAAUAUAAAUAAUGCAUGCCGCGGCACUCCGAGGCUCUUUCUCUAUCCAAGAACAAUAAGGAUGUCCACACCGCCAAGAAGGCACUUUUAAGUGUCUCGGAUUACGUCAUAUCCGAUUAGCAAUGAUCCCAGAGUGGAUUAAUUUAAAUGGCAUUGAAUUCUCCGUGGAUUGUGAUAAAUUUAUCUUUUUUUUUUCCCAGCAAUAUCCUAACCUAAUGAGUACUUGGGGAGAAAUCAUUUUUUUCUACGGACUCUCAGAUCUUUUAUGACAGGUCGUUAUGGUUAAGCGGAAGUGAGACUCUUAUAGUUAAAUUUAAUAGGAAUUCGCUUAAUAAAUGAAUCGGAAGGGAUCGUCCGAGAGAAUCUCAUUAGCUCCUGGGGAUAGAGAAAUGCAAUAAUUACGUAACGAAAGCUUCUUCAGGGCCGUGCGAUAUAUCCGCCUAUCUGAUUUUUAAAGGCGCUUCUCCCCAGGACACGAUUGCUCCUUUGUCGAGGAAUCGUUAACGUUCAUUAUGGGGAUGAUUUUGUUGGUUUCUUUGCCUUUUUGUACGCACUCUACGUUUUUCUUUUUAGGCAAGCCGUUUCCUUUUUUUUCCCAGUCAGGAAAUUCUGAGAUUGCUAUACCGUAGCCAGGAGUCACGCCAACUUAUCGUGAUCUCUGACAUUCAGGGGAUAUUCGAUACGAGAUGUUACUCGGAACCAUGAAAAUUUCUUGUUUUACGAUCCAGAGAGUGCCUCCGAUGGUCGUCGUAAAAGUUUAAGACGUGCUGCGAAAUUUUGCUGGGGUAACAAUUUGUCUGGUUCCCUGUGAUUGAUAAUAGAAUCUACCAACAGGUCAUAAAUUAUUACUAUACUUUCUGUAUGGACGUGAGAAACUAAUCGAAAACAUUGAAGGCAGAGGUCCAUGAACUUCUUGUGGAUGCUCCAUACGUCGCCCUUCACCAGGACUAUCCGUAGCCCAUGUUCGUCGCGUCAUCGUUUCUUAACCGUCGUGUUUGCCAAUUCCUCGAAAGAGAACACGUGUUGACGAAAAAAUUUCUCUUCACGUAGGUGGAAAAAUAAAGGGCUCUCUUUCGAUCCCUUUUGGAUCACCUGCACCCUCUCAUCGUCCACAUCCACCCCGGGAAAGCUUCCCUAUUUUCAAGAGGAAAAUCGAGUUAAGACACGCCACUCAGAAAUCAGCUCGACAUUGUCCUUUGAGGAAGGUCGUUUACUUGGAAAUGGUAAGAUAAGAUGUAAAAUGGCUCCAGCUUCGCUACAGAUAUAUCUUCAUAGUACUGGGAAUUGUAACGGUGGCAAGAUAGGGUACCAUGGACGUUGAAAAAAAUAUCACCAAAAAAUUUACAUAACGUCAUGACACCGCUUGGGUAUCAGUGCACUACCCUCCGUCUCUCUUACCCAGGGAAGGUUAGGUAGAUAUAAGGGUAGCUCGCCGAGUAUACAGGGAAUUGUAUGAAGCAGUAGAAACUGCGUAAGAUAACUCCAGAGAAGUUACAAUGCUCCUACUGAAUUCUUGGUGCGCCAGAAAUAAGAUAAAAAUAGAUGGUGUACUUUAAAGUAUAUGGAUGUAUGUAGCUAGUGUAUACCAUAUAUACAUUAUCUGUACAUGCUAUGCUGAGCACAGAUAUAUCCUAGACCGUUUAAUCGAAGCCAGUACUGAUUGCAGUCUCCAUAGAAAGCCAAUCUCUUUCUUGGUUCUUAACGAGUACGUAUUUCGGAAGUAGUUUGCAUUCCUCAACCAGCGACCUGGAUAUCUUGAGAUUCUGCGAUUGACGGUUCGAAUUAAAAGCUGCGAGACAGGAGGGAAAGGCUGGCAGUGGAUUUUACAUCGGGAAUCCAUCUUUCCUUAUCCAGCAUCCUGAUAGGAUUAGCGAGGCUACGACAGAGUAUUUCGCUCUUGGGCGUCUUUGCUGCUAGAGACACGUGCUUUGUGUGGCUUCUGGACAUGGAAAGUAGCCUACACCAAUUUCUCCAAUUUAUAAAAUAAACAGUUAAGAAAUCAGACUGUUUCUUUUUAGGCAGAUAUCGGUAUCCCUCGUCACGUUCAUCAUCCAAGAGAUGGCAUGGUACUCGGAAAGAAAAAGAAAAAAGAAAAAGAGAGCUCUAUUAAAAGUUCAUCGAGGCACGCUCUUUUCAUCAACCGGGUAGUAAUUUGCCAGGAAUAAUGUAUUCCGGCCAACUGAUAUUACACUCUGCCCUUUUAUUUCUCGCCGUCGGCUCGUGCACCAGGCUUUACCUUUUCUUUUUUUCAUUGGCAUUCUCUUCUGCUCUCUCUUUUUUCUCUCCCUCCCUUCUCUUUAUUCUCUCACUUAUAUUCUCUUCGGUUAACACUUCUGCCCCCACCCCCCAAUCUCUUCCUGCCUACUCCCCCCCUUUGACACUCACACUCUUUCACUACCCUAUUCAAGCUUUCCUUUCAGUAAGAUACUCCAGAACUUCCCACGAUCACUUUAUCCAAGUACACUAGAUUUAUUUCCACGUCUCACAGUGCCAAACGCACGGAUUCUAGAUCAAAGCAUUGUCAUAGAAUUUUCCUAGUGCACAGCGAUAAGGGCAAGGUUGGGAAAAGAUUCUAGCAUUUGUAUUCUCCACGUCUCCGACGUAUAAAGAAGAAAAUAAUAUUAGACCGUUCUUGGUUUCUUCAGUCCCCUGCUACACUUUUCUUAUCUAGCCCCGAUGAUAAUUACUUUUGGGGGAGGCCUCCUGCAUUUAACCCUUGAUAUGAUAUUUGGGACCGUAUCGUGCCUGAAAUGGUAUAAUGGAAUAGGAUUGGUUAGGUGUCUGAUCAGUUGCGCACUUGCUCUACUUGCCAGUGGUGGAGGCAGUAGUUUUGUCCGGAGUUUUAUUCACGGCACCAAUGGUACGUGGUUAUUCUUGAAGGGGCUCUGAGCAAUAGAAAGUUAUUUUUUUGUAAUCAGAUUUAUUGAUGGGAUUGAAAUUUAAUGCUAUCACUGAUAUGAAUUCCCAUGACGAGUUGAAUGUAGAAAUGGUAUUUUAUAUUGUGUGCGUUUGUUGUAUUGUUUUGUAUUGUAUUACUGGAUAGAUUAUAUUUGUAGAGGGAGAACCAGGCAAAAGGGUGAGUGCAGAUGGAUGAGAGAGCGAAAAAUCCGGUGGUGGCAACACAAUGGAAGACUUUUAAUUACUUCUUGGCGAUAAAUUAAUAUCCAUUAAGCAAACCCGGACCCAGUCGAGCUUAUCGUUUUCCGGGUGCUGCCGUCGUGCCGCCAUUGUUCUCUAAACGCGACAGGUUCUGCGUUACGUCCGGAAAGGAUUCUCGCAAAGAAUGUGAACGUCCAAAACAUCGCAGAUGCCCAGCAAGGCGCGGCCUCGUCGAGAGUGGUCUCCCCAAUCCCCCAUAGAUGUCUUGUGGAUGCCCCGCUCUGCUAUGAGGCCGGCCGAGGGCGACACAUCGGAUUGUAUCCUGGUGGUUGGAAUAUCACGACCCAAAAUGGCUGCUGCUUUCUUAUCGGUCGCCCUGGUCUCCCUGUUCCUGACGUUUCACGUUCUCUACGACAGCGCUGUCUACAGUCUACAUGCGGCAUCCGGCGUGGAGGCUCGUACCGUGGAAUUGGUGUCGAGGGUUCGUGCCACGCCGCCUCUACUCUUCUCGAACAAGGUCCACUUUCCGCGCACCAGCAGACACCUACCUCAGGCCAUUAUAAUCGGCGUGAGGAAAUGCGGCACGCGGGCUUUGCUAGAGAUGCUCUUCCUGCAUCCGCAGAUACAGAAGGCUGCUGGCGAAGUACACUUCUUUGACAGAGAUGACAAUUACAGCAAGGGACUGGAAUGGUACAGACGGAAGAUGCCGUACUCGUUCAAAGGUCAAAUCACUAUUGAGAAGAGUCCGAGUUACUUUGUGACACCUGAAGUACCAGAACGGAUACGUGCAAUGAACUCGAGCGUGAAGUUGCUGCUGAUCGUACGAGAACCAGUCACCAGAACGAUCUCGGACUACACGCAGCUAAGGACCCACGCAGCGACGGCAUCCUCUGCAUCAGCGAGUUUAGCGACACCACGUUCGACAGUUCCAGGUCGCAGCUUCGAGGAGCUCGUUAUGCGAACCGACGGCUCGAUAAACGAAUCUUACAGACCGGUCGCCAUUAGUCUCUAUCAUACGUAUAUGCAUCGCUGGCUGGAGGUCUUCAAUCGGAAUCAAAUACUCGUGGUGAACGGCGAUCAGUUAAUCGAGGAUCCGGUACCGCAGCUACGGAGGAUCGAGAGCUUCCUUGGUCUCGAGCCACGGAUUGGCCGUCACAAUUUCUACUUCAAUCACACCAAGGGCUUCUAUUGUCUUCGUAACGACACUACGGACAAGUGUCUUCGCGAGAGCAAAGGUCGACGACAUCCACGCGUCAGUCCUGUCGUGGUGACGAAGUUGCGUAGAUUCUUCAACGAGCACAAUCAAAGGUUCUACGAGCUCGUGGGCGAAGAUCUGGGAUGGCCCGAGGAGUAGGUCUCUUCCGGUAUAAUCUUCGGCCACCUGGCGGUCACGGCUUCAAUUAGAAGUACCUGGUACCAACUAGGAGUCUCACAAUUGGCACCUCUCCUGACGCACGUAUCCUAAUGCGAACGUAUCCUAGUGCAAGGGUGUCCUGAAGCGAAUAUAUCCUACAGACUCGUUCUGCUGGUACCUGAAUUAUCUAAUUAUACACAUUAUUUACAUGUGAAAUUAAAUGAUUCGAUGGGUCCCAUUAGAUCGCGGUAUAAGUCUGGUCUUGGUAUAUUUUUCUGGAUGAUGGGACAAUUGUGAACCGAUGAGCCGUGACUUCCUGUGGUUCACGUGUGCCAGUAUGGAUCCUUAUUGAAACUUUAACAUAUCAAAUACACAUUCAGAGGACGAGUAUACACUUAUAUAUACAUACAUGAAAAAUACACCAGUAACGCCGGCCAAAUAGGGGAUGCGGGUCUGCGUUGAGGAAUAGGGGUGAACACGAGUCUCUCCCGGUCCCGCGUUCGCAUGGAUCACAUUGGUCCGUUUAUAAACGUACUAUAAUGAUAGGUUAAUAGUUAAAUUGCAAAGAUUUAAUAUUUUUAUAAUCCACAUUGGAAGUUGUUAUAUUGAUCGUUAAGCUAUUAUAGUAAGACGGACCAUCGCAGAGUCGCGUGCCGUGACGAUGUCGCCUCGUUAGAAAUCAUCCUUCCGCAUCGAAAGACGAGUAGUUGCGUACUGUAGUAAUUGGGAUAGCUGGAACAAAAAAAAAAAUGAAAACCAUUUUAACCAUACUAGACCCAAUGCUCCACACGAAUAAUAAUUAUCACGGUUUUAUAUGGAGAGACUUCCGGCAUAGUCAUAUCAAUUCUUCUCUCGAGAAUAGUUCCGUGUUUAUUCAAUCAAUUUGAUAAGAAGAUCAAGUGAUAUUUUGGCACUGGUACCAUCAGGAAAAAUUGAAGGACAAAAAUUAAUAUCGAUGAUAAAAGAUAUCGGUUAUCUUUCAGAGGGACGACGAUAGACGAAGCACGGAUAAACUUCCUUUAGCCCAUUUUGCAUCCUGUAGUCCAUUGCGUAGGCGUAGACGAACUGCUAGGCUAAAACGUUAAGAAAUAUGUAAGAGAGGAUGAAGGUGAUGAAGUUGAAGAAAAAAAAAACUCGUCUGUGAUGCACAACGUACGAAGACUGCUAGAGUACUGUAUGCAUAAUGUUAUACGGAAGAGGUUAGGAUGGUAUCUCGACACUGUAUAUCUGGUAUAUCUUUUCUGUAUGUAACGGCGAUGUAGGAGAAAGGCGCGAAAAGGGGUAUUUUAAAUAUCAGGGUUUGUGGUGGACGAGAGAGAAGGCAGGCGCGUUUUGUCUCUACGGCUUGCGUGGCUCAAUUGUCGUCUUACACGAGCGGUUGUACUAUUUUAAUAUUGUUUUAAAGAAGAAGAAUUUACGAAAGAAAUAUAUUAUACUAUAUUAAUGAUACUCGUCAUAAGUCGCGUGGCGCCCUCUCUGCGAUGGUCUCCGAAACUCGCCAGAAUCAAUUUACAUUGUCGAAUUCGAAGAUCCUCGGGACUCUAAUGCGUUGGAGACUUAAUCGAGAUUUUAAUACUACGAUUGACAGUUGCUUAUUUAUAUAUGCUCUUAUGAUUGGGUAUUUUAAUAGAUUAACCAGGUACUCGCGCUCGAACUAGAAAUAAUUUAUCGUUAAGUGCACGGGGAGGGGAAAACGAUACAUAUCAAAAUUUGUGAUAAAAUUUUAUCGAGUAUUAUUAUAUACUUCAGAUAUACGUGUUAGUAUAGAGAGCACGCGAAUUUUGUUAUUGAUAACACGGAUCGAGGACAUUGUAAAGUAUGGUAAUCGUAUUCAAUCAGUAUGGUUCCUUACAGAGUUUAUUUAUUCUUAGGAAUUAUAUAUGAAUUCAGUCAUCUUACAAGAAAUGUCGUUAUCACUUAUUUUCUAUGAAAACAAAAUUUAUCGUAUGUACAAUUUGUUCAUUGUGUGAUUUAUGAACUGAUUUUGUAUCUGCAUUAAAUGAGUACGACAAUUUCAUGUAUAAAAUCGUACAAAUUCUCUAUAGUGUCAGAUACGAUAACUUCUGACUGGUUUUCUGAUAAACAGGUAAACGGGUUAGUUAUCCUUAAAGUUUUUUUUUUGUACCAGGUAAAAUCCGAUCUUACGUGUUUAAAUUUCAAAGAGCGCAUUAGGCAAAUUAAUAUUACAUAAAGUUGCGAUUAAAUAACGACUAAGAGCUUUCGGGGAAAUAGAUUAAGGAAGGUUUGAAUUUCCCGCGGUAAAGUCAUGUAAUGUAAUAGGUCUGACGAAUAUGCCACCUAUACCACUAUACCCGUUAUAAACUUAUACAAUGAUACACGAAGCAAGUAGAAAUAACAGAAUCUAGUCAGACGAGUUCCCACGAUCCUCCUACAGUUUCUCCAGCAUCCAUACAACUAGAUCCAUCAGUAGUUACGAUGGGGAACGUGUUGAUCUCAAGUUUCUCGCAAUUCUCCAUUCUGAGUGUACACAUCAGACUCCAAUACACGUAACCUGAGUGCUUGUGGAUUUGCCAGCAUUACUAAAAAAUAGAAUGAAUCAUACAAAUAGCUUUCUUAAAUUUAAUUACCAAUUUUUACAAACAGACGUCUUGCUGACGUCUUCGAAGAGUCAUGCUGACGCACCUUUUAUGUCUGUCCGACUAGGUACGUCUUUUUCUCCUAUUCGUAAAUCUUCGACAUGAUCGUCCAUCUGGACUAGAGUUUCCCUUAUGGCUGCCUCUAAGGGCGUUAGGUGUUUUUUUUAUUUUCCACAUACCGACUAUAGCAGUAUAGACUGCUAUGGGAAAACUUGGCUAAUAAACGUCCGGAAGUCAAAGCCUUUUUCAAAACUUUUCCUGAUAUUCUAUGGGAGGUUAGAACGUGGGCGAACGUAAUGCUGGAGAAGCACGAGGACGCUCGCUCAAGAUGGAUACGUGCAUUUUUCGUAGGAGGCCGGACGCGGCGCGUGAUAGCAAGGUGGCUCGUUAGCCGGAAAAAGGCGAAUGAAUAUUGUAUGAGGUCGCGAUUUCCCGGGAUACCGAAAAUUAACCAACGAGCUAUGAUUACGAAUAGUAUCCGAUCGGGUUUGACGUUAAAUUAAAAUGGCGACCUUUUGACCAAAUAUUCCGAAAUUUUUUAUCUUUCGCUUAUACUUUUCAUCCCCUCGCAAAUUGUCUCUCUCCAAAUUUUUUUAGCGGCUUUAUUUUACCUUCGAUCGUACCAAUCGAACCGAUUCCCACCCUCUCACCCUCUUUUCUAUUGGCGUUGUACAUUAAUGCGAUCCAACAGGAUUGGCUUAACUUCGACGUGCCAACGUUAAAGUGCUAUCGGAACCCUUUAUACAUUUUUAUCCUUUUCCACAUCCCUGUGUUCGGCGUCGGGGUGGAAAAAAAUGAUAAGAAAAAAAAAAAAAAUUUGCACUACCAAUAAAUCACAGCCGAUUGCUUUGGUAACGAGC